CGCUCAUUUACUUUGUUUACGAAUUGGUUGGCGAAAAGUGCGCAAAAUUUUGUUUUCUUGCUUUAAAAGUGAAUUUGAAAAGCAAAAUAUAACUUCAUCAAAUAAAUGAAGUAAAGUUUGAAUCUUGUAAAGAUGAACAGAAAAGGUGAUGACAAUGGUGGCAAGGAUUGUUCUGAAAAGAAAAAGAUGAAAGUAGGUGGUCAUUGGAGCCAAGGUUUAAAGGCAUCAAUGCAUGAUCCCUCUUUGAUUGUGAAGCAAGAUGAGUUGAUUGUGAUAAUUAAGGAUAAAUAUCCAAAAGCUAAGCAUCAUUAUCUUAUUUUACCAAAAGCUGAUGUUCGAAAUUUAAAAGCUCUCAACAUAGAUCAUCUGUCACUUCUCAAGCAUAUGCAAGAUGAAGCAAAAAAACUUAUAAAUGGAAUAGAAUCUCCUUCUGGUUUUAAAAUUGGAUAUCAUGCAGUUCCAAGUAUGAGUCAGCUACAUCUGCACGCAAUAAGCCAAGAUUUUGACAGUCCUUGUUUGAAAACCAAGACUCACUGGAAUGCAUUCACUACGGAAUAUUUCAUAGAUUCAGAAGAUGUUAUAAGAGAUGUGGAAAAAUAUGGAAAAGUAUGUUGCAUAGAUGAACGUUCUGCAAAAGAAAUUUUAAAGAAGGAUUUAAGGUGUCAUAUAUGCAAUGAAUCUUUGAAAAAUAUGCCAAAGUUGAAGGAACAUAUUCUUGUUCAUAUGGGGAAAAAGAACAACUCCUGAUGAAGUUAUAAAUCUGUAAAGUUUAAAUAAAUUAUUUUAUUUUCAUGUUA